UCUAUUGAACAAGCCACGAGUAAGAGACGAAUUUAUUUGAAUCCUGUUUACGAUUGCCUUAUAUAUCAACUAACAACCUCACGGAAAUGCUCUUGGGAACCAUUCAAAUUACUGGCGAAGAUCUUAGGGACGCCGAGGUCAAGGGAAUUUGUGACUCGCUGCACGACAACAGCAUUCGAAUCCUGUCUCUACGGGGCUGUAGAAUUCAUGACGAAGAUUUCAAGAAGUUGAUGGACAGUUUGAAAGAAUGCGAAUCUCUUGCUCAGCUUAAUUUAAACUUGGGAGUAUGCAACGGAAAGCACCGAAUCAAAUGGCUCUCCGAGGCUCUGGUAGCUAAUAAAUAUCUCACAUCAUUAUUCUUGCAUGGUACAUCCCUUGGAGAUGAGGGCCUGGAGUGUUUGAUGCCUGCUCUUCAGAUACAUCCCAGACUGCAAUCUCUUGAUUUUGGUGAUUGCCAACUCGGAGAUGAUGGUAUCAAACAAAUUUGUACACUUCUACCCUCAACAGAAGGAAAAGAGGGACUAGUUGAACUUACACUGUCAGCAAACCAUGGAGUUACUCAUCUGGGAUGGACCCAGCUUGCCAUAGCCAUUGCUGCAAAUUCACAAUUACGAAAUCUUUAUCUUGACUACAACAACAUCGGUGAUUAUGGUGCUGGUGUGCUUUCUGUUGCCCUGGCUGCGAGCUCUUCACUAGAAAUUGUUGAUUUGGAAGGAAGUGGGGUGAGUGAAAAGGGAGCAGAGAUGUUUUUUGCUGUUAUUGCUAAUUACCCCACAAAAAUGCAAGAACUUGUUUUGUUUGAAAACAAUGUCAGUGCAGAACUUAUUGGUCAGAUCAAUGACUGUUUGAGUCAGAAGUCUCAAGGCUCUACAGACAGCCAGGAAAGUCCUGAAAAAUCACUUGAGGAUGAUCACAGCAACCAGGUUGCUUGCUGAUCAGGAAGUAUAUUUAGUUUAUUGAAAUAAGUUUCAUAGUCUGUUUAAAGGCAGGAACGUUCAAGGACAGAAAACUGACCUGUGAAACUGAAUGGCUUCAUCCAGUGAUGGGAUCUUGCUUUUUUAUGUUUAAAAGAGGCAAAAGCAUCAUCAUUAUGAUGGUAGUCCAGUUGAUUGGAGACUGACAUUUCUUGUCAUGUGAACCUUUCAGCCCAAAGAAGUGUUUACCAAUGUAACCUCGUACAUUCUCCAUCUACUAGUGAUGGUAAUGGACCAAAAAAUUAGCCAAGGGUUGCCAUCUUAGUUGAAACAACUCCAAAUCCUCUUGUCAAGUAAUUUUUGAACAAAAUGAAUGGCAUACAGCUUGAAAGAAACAUUUUUAUUUGAGAGGGUCUAACUAUGGAAUAAUUAGGGCUUGCUUAAGUGCUGGUCUCCAGGUCAAAAAUGUCCAGGUUGAGACUCAGCAAGGUCAUAGUAUUACAUUCAUGGGCAGGACAUUUAACUUCCACAGUGACUCUCUCCACCCCAGAUAUAAAUGGAUACUGGCAAACUCUGAAGGAAACCUGACAAAAGCCUUUAUGAGGGUA